CAGGAACAGUAACAUGACAGCAACUAGCAAACAUCUCAUCUGACUGACACAACGACGUUAUGGUUUUGGUAGCUGCGUGUUUUUUGUCCUAUUUUUGUUGAAUUUUCCUCUGCUGCACACAUUACGUGCAGCUCGAGCUUUUUAAUAAGUAGCCAGACCGUUUGUCAAGCUUAGAAUAGCGAAACCAGCCGAUUGUUUGGACUUUGAGGCAGUCCAAUCUCUAUUUUCAUCGCUUUUUUCCCCAACGACUAAUCAACAUUUUUUCACGUUUUUCCUUUUUUACUACACGUCAAAGUGUUGCUUGCCACUUCGCCGACGAGGCAUAUCGAAAAUGGCUUUGAAUGCUGUUUGUUUUCCAAACGCAACCAGCACAGCAGCAUAAAAGCACGAGCUAAAAUAACAAAAAUAUCACCACCAGCUGCUCAAACUCACCUUUUUGUUAAAGCUGGCAACCAACAGAUCUGACCGAGCGGUCUGUCAGUCUAGUAUUUUGGUCUGUUUUUUUUCACGAUGCACGUUGGUCUCUAGAGCUUAAGUAUCAGAGUCUAAAAAUUGACUUCUCUGUUUGACAGCUCGUCUUUAAACGUAUUUAGACUUUCCUGACUGUCACCAUUUACAUGCUUCCAGAAAGAGUUGCCUUGAUUUUGCAAACCUGGAUUGUUUUUUGGUUUUGCAUGAGUGUUUUUCCACGGUCGUGUUGCUCGAGUUCUCAUUUUCUUCACAUUUGAUGUGCAGUUUCUCGUCUAACAUGAGCAGGACUAGUUAAUCUAGUGAUUUUUGGCAGCUGAGGGACAUUUUUAUUCGUUUUUCUCAUCCAGACUUUUUGAAAUCAUCGUUAGAAAACAGACGUGUUUAUUUACACAUUUUUGGUUCUCUCAGAUAUCAACCACCCCCAUAUCUAAACAUUUCCCUCGCUGCCUGACAUUGUUAUUUUAUAAACUCGUCUGGUUGGAUUUUUUUAUUCUCCAAAAGCUAAAGGACGGAAAAAACACGAAGCAACGAAAGGCUGCUGGUGCUUGUUUUUUCCCCUUCUGACCCGGAUUGUCAUUUUUAUCGCGGAAAAUGUCGGCUAUUGAAAAACUGCAGAUGUUGAUCGAAGCAGCUGAAUAUCUCGAUCGAAGAGAAAGAGAAGCGGAACAUGGCUACGCCUCAAUGUUACCGUUCACCAGCAGCAAAGAUAGGGACGGCUCGAAGCGAAAAAUCAAAAGCAAGAAAAAUUGCAGUAGCAGGUCUACACACAACGAGAUGGAGAAGAACAGGAGGGCAAAUUUACGGCUGUGUUUGGAACGCUUGAAAUCCCUCGUGCCCUUAGGACCAGACUCAAACAGGCACACAACCCUCAGCCUACUCAUGAGGGCUAGGGAACACAUCAAGAGACUCGAGGAGGGCGAGCGAAAGGCUCAGCACACUUUAGACCAUCUGCAGAGAGAACAAAGACACCUGCGCAGACGUCUGGAGCAGCUGGGAGUGGAGCGCACACGGAUGGACAGCAUGGGCUCCACCAUCUCCUCUGACAAAUCUGACUCUGACCAAGAAGAGGUGGAUGUCGACGUAGAGGGAACAGACUAUCUGCUGGGUGAUCUGGAGUGGAGCACCAGCAGCGUAAGCGACUCGGACGAGCGGGGAAGCUUGCGCAGUAGCUGCAGCGACGAAGGCUAUUCCAGUGCCAGUCUACUUCACCUCGCCAACUCUCAGGAGAAGAGCCCGACGCUGGGCUGCAGUCUUUAAGAGCACAGAUCUCCACGGUACUCAACCACUCAUCACUCACCACCUCAACCCGUACCUCCAGUCAUCUCCUGCCACGUCCUGCUCUAAUACUCAAACGAUGUUGCCUCUUUUGUGACCGAUGACAAAGACAGAAACAGCCUUUCUCGAUGCUCUGACAAAUCCAGUCUGUUGUGUUUGUGUGUGUGCGGAGUCCAAAGGAGGAUGCACGGAGAAGGUAUUGGAAUUCGACCAUGGUGUACAAUAAACAGACCUUCUACGAACUGGGAGUCAAGGCCCAUGUGAGCCUGCCGAAGACAGGCCUUCUCCACGACCCUAACCGAUCCCCUCACACCAUCGGCUUCACUCCCCAAUCUCCGGUGGUGGAGGCAGAAUGUUAACACCUCCCUUAGUCCAAUCAUAUCUUCCUACCCUUUCCCAUCAUCCAAUUGCAUCCAAUAAUGGAGAGAGGCACUCGAUCGGGAUAUUCCCUACUCAAAAGACCCUACAGGGAUCCUUAAAGGGUUCCUCCUCCCAAAAAUGUGUCUGUCAUAAAUCACUCACCCUGAAGUCGUUCUUCAAGCCCAGAACCUCCAUUUAUCUCCAGAACUCCUCCAUAGACUGAAACGCAACCAAACUUCAAACACUGACAGUGGGAAAAAAUAUUGUUAAAAUAGUCCAUGUCACUCCAGUGGUUUAGCUUUAAUUAUAUAAUGCGACGAGGAUACGUUUUGUGCACAAACAAACAAAAAUACAGACUAUAUUCAACAAUUUCCUGACUUCUGUUAGUUUCCAAUGCGUGUUCACAAGUCAUCGUGUUUGGGUGCUCUUGUCAACACGAUAAGUAUCCUCAUCGCUUUAUAUAAUUAAGGCUGAACCACUGGAGUGACAUGGACUAUUUCAAUGAUGUGUUUACUCGCUAUCAGCGCUUUGAAGUUUGGUUGCAUUUCAGUCUAUGGAGGAGUCAGUAAGCUCCGGGAUCUCAAUUUGCAUUCAGGAUAAAAACGGAGGUCCAAGGCUUGAAGAGCGACUUGAGGGUGAGUCAUUUAUGACAGGAUUUUGUGGCGGAGGUACGCUUUAAAGACCUCAAAGCCAGGUGAAGAAUGUGUACCAUAACACGCCCACUGCCUACUCACUGUCUCGCUCUGGGACAAUCGCAACCAAGGCUGUCUUUGACGGCCCUUUAUCGUUGCUACAAUCAGAAUGAACCGUCCAGAAGACACAGGGCUGGGUCAUUUGACCAGUUAGUUAACCUACCAGAGCAUGGUAUUUUGCACUUAGACAACGAUUUAGUAGAAGUGGCCCUUUGCGCUCGACCGAAGCCGCUUUCGCCCUGUCAUGCAGAAUAAACGCGGACGGGACAACGGAGCAAAAGGGCUACUUCUACCGUGCAGGCAAGGAUCGCUGGGUGUCAAAAGAUGUACUGUAAUGUCGUUUCGUUUCUAACGUCUCUUCUAAGGGACUGCAGCUACUGUAGUGAUGUAUCAGGUGUAGUGUGUUAGCUAGUCUUAAAAAUAUCUACCUGCACUGUCUAAUACCCGCCCGCCUGCCACUCCCAUCACGUGCUGGGAGUUAUCACUGAUGUGUCGUUGUUGUGUGUUUUUUACCCAGCAAGCACUUGUAAUGUCCAUGCUGUGCAGAAUCAUCAGGUCGGUAGCAAUACACCCCUCAACUGAACUGACUUUCAGUUUUUGACAUCCUGAGCAAAGGAACGCUGUCGUGGGGUUUGUUUUUUUGUUGACUUUUUUUAAGCAUCUGUGCUUUGCUUUUAAUGCCCCCUAGGUGCCACCUUGAAUUUUAUUACUACCGGGGGCGACACAACUGACAUCGUCGUGAAGAACGGAGCAUGAGAUUCUUUGAAGGGUUUGUGGGUGGGUUUUAUGAAAUGGGGCGGGGAUGGUUUUGAAAUCUGGAUCUCAGGUAUCUCUUCCUCUCUCUCUCUAAGGACAGUGGCGUUUUCGUGUGUGUGUGCGUGUUGCAUCCUCUUGUUCAUUUUUGGUGUCCUUUUUUCUCUCGACUGUUUAGCCCCAGAAGUACGAGGGCGAUUGUAAAAGCACAUUCCAUGAGUAGCAGAGCAGCUUGGUCGGGGUUAUUGCGUGCACCGCGGACAUUGAUAGAAAGGUCCGAGGCUUCAGGUUACCUAUGAGCAAUGAAUCCUCACCGCAUCUGUGCCAUCAGGCUCAUUGUACGAGUGUGUGGAAGCAUGCCUGUGUGUGUGGUUUCUUGGUGGCUACAUCACUGCAUUGCAGUUUUACUUCGGCACCCAGUUAUCUACCAUUUCUGCUAAAUGUAGUCAUGUAUAUAGUUCACAGAAAAGAGAGAUAUCUACCCUAUAUGUACGUAUAUUGAUAAAGUGUUUAUAUUUGAUCUAUAUAUAUAUUCAAACAUAGACUAUAUAUAUAUAUAUAUAUAUAUAUAUAUAUGAGAUUAUAUUUAAGUAGUGAUUGCCUUAGUUGCUUUUGUUUUCCCUAUAUUGUUAGUUUCGAUGUGUAGUUGAUUUGCACUACAUAAAAAUACAUAUAAUUAUAUAUUCGAAAACUUUACAUGACCUCAAAUUGGUCCUCUUUCAUUUUCCUAUUAUUCCUGCUCUAGAAAAUAAAAAUGUGUUAAAAAAUUAUAAAAAAAUUAAAAACGCAUUAAAAAUAAAUAGGGGAUAUUUGUUAGUGUGUUGGUGGUAUUGAAGUGGUGAAAAGUGGCUAUGGGAAUGAAGUCCUUUUGUUAUUGUGCCUGAUGGGUCCAGGGAAAUGGUUAACUACAUAUGUUUUCCUAUAACUCUAGUGAGUAAAAUGAUGUAGGUUUUGUAGAGAGUCUUUGUGAGUGAUACGCGUCUGAAUGUAGUGAAAACUUCACGAUCGCAUCACAUGCCAAGAUUAACUCAGAUUUACAAUAUGUAAUUUUAUAUAACUUGAAUGAUGCACCAAAAAAAUCAUUUUAAAUGGAACAAAAAUAAACAAUUGUUCUUUCUUUACAUAUGGAAUGCUGCUGUUGAUUAGUUAUAAAUAUGAAAUGUAAAAAAGUGUGUGCAUUGUAGCAAUGAGAGCAUUAGAGCACCGUGUAUUUUGGAGACGGGGAGGGGUGGCGUAUAAAUAUAUGUUCUCUUGUGACGUCACUGUCCACAGACGGAGAGAAAGGGCUCGAUUCUCUUAUUUUCUUCUUGGGAGGGUGGAGGCUUUAGGGCUGUAUGACUUUUGUAUUGAUAUGCUUUCGUCUUGUUUUUAUUUGUUACAAGUGUUUAAAGAAAAGUGCAAACAAAAAGUGAACUUCUUUCUCAAGAUUGUGUCUUGUUAAAAAUUGGUGUCUUGAAGUUUCUCACGCCCUCUGAAGUUCCUUCUGAUUUCCACAGUCUGACCCCUUCUAUGCGUAACCUAUCUCCUAUCUCGUCGUCUUCUGUGAACAACGGUGACGGGACAUGGUUAACGCAUUGCGAGCGUUAUGUGAAAGACUGGUGCUGUCACACACGGAUGUGAAUUCCUGCUCCGACGUACCGUGUCCCUGCGCUGCCCUUAUCACAGUCAAUGAUGUCACCGUGAGAGGGGGGUAGAUGUACUACUUUGAUUUGUAUAUAUGGGUAAUUUAUCGUAAGCUGAGUACAAAACGGCUAGAGCCUUAAGACAUACAAAUGUAUGGACUCCAUAGAUGUCGUCAGAAACCGAUGGCAGACGUGGUCCACAUGAGAAGAGCCCAUCGGCAGUCAUUCCCAUUGAUUGUGACUGCGUCUCAGGUGUCUUACACCUUCACAAAUACACACAAACACACAUACUCAUCCUUCACAUACUGCCUCUUGUAACAAAAGAGGCUUAUGUCUGUUUUACAUUCAAUCAGAAAUGGACAUUUCUAUGCUGUUACUUUUUAAGAAUUGGGCUACUUUGAUGUUGACUGCUAAAUAUGUGGUUAAAAGGAAUGACCUUAAAAUAAAAAACUUAAAAUGUA